GUUUACAGUAAUAAAGUUAAACAAGUUUGGAAUAACUAGAAAAUGGUACGAUGGUGUCUGAAGUAGUAGAUGAUAAAACCAAGCUUUUGAUUCUAGAGAUGUACCUGUAUACGUCGUUAGUUAAGUCGACGGCAGAGUCCAUCUCGGAGACACAAACCUUUUUCCAACCGCAUGUAAAGUCCAUCUCCCAUCAAUAUAUUAAGAAUCUUAUUAAUAAAGAAGAUGCGAUUAGGAAAUCUUCUGUUGAAGAAAUCAUUAAGAAAACUCUAUUGGAUUAUAUAGCAACUUUAUACAUUGCCAAUCCUUCAGUAGAGAAUCAAAAAUUAUUUGAUAUAGUAAAUCAUUUCAAUAGUAUUUUUAAUAAGACCAUCUUAUCUAAUGAUGAUAUUCAACAAAGAAGAAGUACUUAUUCUAAAUAUGGAUUCAAUCAUUCAGGAUCUUAUAAUGAAGAAUUAUCUAGAAUUCUGGGUAAAGUAUCAAAUUAUUCUCCUAAUAAUGUAUUUUAUUUCUCCGAUAUCGUUCUUAAUUUAAAUUCCAAUGUAUUUACUAUAUCAUUAACCAGUAAUUUAACAGGUAGUGAAUUCCUUAAUCCAUUUACAAUCACUAAUAUCAUUAAUCCUUCAUUCAAUUACUAUCCCACCGGAUUGAUCAAUUCCCAUCAUUUAGAAGCAUACCUUUAUAGUAUCAACUUAAAAUUUAAAUCAGAAAAUAGAAAGAUUUUAUUAAUUUUAGAUAGUAAGAAUGAUUUACUUAAAAUUGAUGCAUUUUCUAAUAUUGACUUGAUCUAUAUAAAUCCUCAAUAUUCAUAUUAUACAAAAUCCAAUUCUAAAACUAUUAAUUUACCUGAUGUAUGUGGAUUAAAUGAUUGGUUUAAAUAUCAUUUGACUCAGACCAUAAAUAAUGAUUCAAUUGAAGUGGAAGAUUUACAUCAAGUAUUUGAAUCAAUAAUUAAGUCAUACAAUAAAUGUAUUAGUAAAUUAUUAUAUGAUCCUUUAUUAUAUAAAUUCAAUCAAUUGAAUAUUGAUAAAUCAAUUUUAAAAUCUUAUUCAAAUGUCAGUGUUCCAUUAGAUAAAUUCAAUGUUAGAAAUAAUAAAAUUCAGAUACCUGGUGAAUGUCUAAAUGUUUCUGAUACUCCCAAUUAUAAUUAUUCGGUUAAUGAUAUUUAUUUUAUUGUUUCAAAAUUACUUGUUUGGAAAGAUCCAUCUUCAAAAGUUGAUGCUUCCUUCAUUCCUGAUUCAAAUCCAGAUAAAAUAUUUACUUUCCUUAAUAAUAAUGUAUAUCAAUAUUUAUUGUUUAACGAAAGUCCUGCAUUGCAUUCAUUCACUACAUUUUUGAAUGAGUUUUCUAGUCAUCAUAUUAAGAAUAAGGAUUCAUCUGUGUCUAAUAACUUCCAAAUUAUUAAUAAUAAUAAUAAUAAUAUUCAUGCUACUACCCCUACCAAAAGAUCAAGAUCUUCUUCAAUGAAUGAAGAUUCUAAAACUCCUAAAACCAUCAAGAAAUCGAAAAUUCUUCAACUUUUAAGUCGAGAGAAAUCCAAUGAUGUUGAGUCAGGCAAUAUUUCCAAUAGUGGAUCUAAGAAUAAUAAGGAAGUUGUCAGUCCUAACAAUAGUAAUAUAUUAAAAAAUACUGCUAAGGGCAAAGUUAAUGGUAAAAAUACAAGUACAGGUAAAGUCAGAGAAGCAGUUUUCUCAACUAGUUCAGAUGAAUCAGAUGAUGAAGGUUUAGAUUCCUUUACUGCAAAGAUUAAAUCAAACAGUCACAAUGGAGCUGCCAAUGUUACUGCUGAGGAUAAGUCUGUCAAUAUUAGUAGAAGAGAGAUUGAAAAAUCUUUGAAGAAUGGCACCGUAUCAACAAAUAAUGGUGAUAAUGAUGUUGAUGGUUUAAGUGGUGCAUCAAUAAACCAUUCAAUUGAAGAACCUGAGGUGAAUGCCAAUAGUACAGCCAUAGAAAAGCCAGAACAAGAAGAUGUUCCAAUGGAAGAACCUAAAUCAGAUAAGCCAACUCCUAAAGUAUCAAGUCGUACAAGAAGAUCCAGUCAAGUUACUGCUACAGUGGAGACUACUAAAGUAAUUGAAUCGCCAUCUAAUAAGAAUACUAUUAUUAACAAAGAGCAACAAAUCAAUAAACAGAGUGAAAUAAAGCCAAAAAUUACAUCUAGAUCAAUCUCCUUAACUUCAAUAAGUGAAAGUAAUGCCAAGACAGAAAGUUCGUCUGAAGAGAGUGAUUCUGAGAAUGAAUCUGAAAGUGAUGAAGAAGAUGAAGCUGGUGAUAGAUCUAAGAAAUCAGUACUUGUUAGUCAAACUCCAUCUCCUGCACAACUUGUUAAAAAGAGACCUGUAGUAAAGGAAACACCAAUUAGAAAUAAUUUAUUUAGUCUGAUGAAAAAUGCAGCUACUGCAUCAUCACAAACUUCAAAGGAAGUGGUUAAUGAAGAAGCUGAAGAUAAUGUUGAUGAAAUUAAACCACAACCUACGGUACAACGUCAAGUGUUAAGUAGAAAAUUAUCAUCAUUGGAAUCUUUAAAGCUUCCAAGUACAACUAUUGAAAGUAAAGAUUCAUUUACCAUUAAUGGUGCUUCCAAGUCUAAGGUAUCAUUCCUCGAUGGAAUUGGUAGUGAUGGAUCUUCUUCUGAUGAUGACGAUAGUGAUGAAUCUUCAGAUGAUGACAUUGGUCCACAAAAUAAAGCAGGAGAUUCAAAAGCAGCUAUACUUGAUAAAUUCAAUAAAGUGAGUAAAAAUAAAUUAAAUAACAGUUCUGUUGCUACUACCCCAAUUGUGAAUAAAUCAGUCUAUAAUUUUACUGCCACUACUAAAUCACCAUUUAAAGAACUGCAAGAUUUAGAUUCACUGGAAUUUGAAGAAUCCAGUUCUUCUGAUUCAUCCGAUAGUGAAGAUGAAGCCGAAGCUACUAAUAACAAGGAGAAACUGCUAGCAAAAAUAUCGGUUCCAGCUAGUAGACGUACUCCUAAUGCUAUUGAUAGUGCUCCUACAAGUACAGUUACUACUCCAACCCAAAAAUCUCCAUCACCAAAUAAACAAGUUUAUCAAACGAAACGGUCAUUUAGCAGUUUAGCUAAGAAGCCAGUUACAAAAGUUAAGAAGAGUAAAGCUAUUAAUUUUAGUUCUGAUGAAGAUGAAGUUAGUUCUGAUUCAUCAAUUGGGUUUUAGAUAAAGAGUGUGUAUAAUGUAUACUAAAUAUGUUGC